AUGAACAAGAUAAAGGCAUCUGUCCAUCUACAGCUAAAAAGCUUUAGCAAAGAAGGGGUUGCCUGCCCCAGCAGCCACAGCAGGCCGGGCGGCCCGCGCGCCCGGCUCCGCAGCCGCGAUAGCUCUUGCGGGCGCCCGGGUACCCCCGGCGCCGCCAAGGGCAGCCCAAACGGCGAGUGCGGGCGCGGCGAUCCGCAGUGCAGCCCCGCGGGUCCCGAGGGCCCAGCGCGCGGCCCCAAGGUGUCGUUCUCGUGCCGCGGGGCGGCCUCGGGGCCCGCGGCGGCGCCGGGCGCGGCGGGGCCGGCGGACGAGGCAGGCAGCGAGGAGGCGGGCCCGGCAGGGGAACCUCGCGGCAGCCAGGCCAGCUUCCUGCAGCGCCAGUUCGGCGCGCUCCUGCAGCCCGGCGUCAACAAGUUCUCGCUGCGGAUGUUCGGCAGCCAGAAGGCGGUGGAGCGCGAGCAGGAGCGCGUGAAAUCGGCGGGGGCCUGGAUCAUCCACCCGUACAGUGACUUCAGGUUCUACUGGGACUUCACCAUGCUGCUGUUCAUGGUGGGAAACCUGAUCAUCAUCCCCGUGGGCAUCACCUUCUUCAAGGACGAGACCACUGCCCCGUGGAUCGUCUUCAACGUGGUCUCAGACACCUUCUUCCUCAUGGACCUGGUGCUCAACUUCCGCACGGGCAUCGUGAUUGAGGACAACACGGAGAUCAUCCUGGACCCCGAGAAGAUCAAGAAGAAGUACCUGCGCACGUGGUUCGUGGUGGACUUCGUGUCGUCCAUCCCGGUGGACUACAUCUUCCUCAUCGUGGAGAAAGGCAUCGACUCCGAGGUCUACAAGACGGCACGCGCCCUGCGCAUCGUGCGCUUCACCAAGAUCCUCAGCCUCCUGCGGCUGCUGCGCCUGUCGCGGCUCAUCCGUUACAUCCACCAGUGGGAGGAGAUCUUCCACAUGACCUAUGACCUGGCCAGUGCGGUGAUGCGCAUCUGCAACCUCAUCAGCAUGAUGCUGCUGCUGUGCCACUGGGACGGCUGCCUGCAGUUCCUGGUGCCCAUGCUGCAGGACUUCCCCAGCAACUGCUGGGUGUCCAUCAACAACAUGGUGAACCACUCCUGGAGCGAGCUGUAUUCCUUCGCGCUCUUCAAGGCCAUGAGCCACAUGCUCUGCAUCGGGUAUGGGCGGCAGGCACCCGAGAGCAUGACGGACAUCUGGCUGACCAUGCUGAGCAUGAUUGUGGGUGCCACCUGCUAUGCCAUGUUCAUCGGCCACGCCACUGCCCUCAUCCAGUCGCUGGACUCUUCGAGGCGCCAGUACCAGGAGAAGUACAAGCAGGUGGAGCAGUACAUGUCCUUCCACAAGCUGCCCGCCGACUUCCGCCAGAAGAUCCACGACUACUACGAGCACCGCUACCAAGGCAAGAUGUUCGAUGAGGACAGCAUCCUGGGGGAACUCAACAGCCCCCUACGGGAGGAGAUCGUCAACUUCAACUGCCGCAAGCUGGUGGCUUCCAUGCCGCUCUUCGCCAAUGCUGACCCUAACUUUGUGACAGCCAUGCUGACCAAGCUCAAGUUCGAGGUCUUCCAGCCGGGAGACUACAUCAUCCGUGAGGGGACUGUGGGCAAGAAGAUGUACUUCAUCCAGCAUGGUGUGGUCAGUGUGCUCACCAAGGGCAACAAGGAGAUGAAGCUGUCUGAUGGCUCCUACUUCGGGGAGAUCUGCCUGCUUACACGGGGCCGGCGCACGGCCAGCGUGCGGGCCGACACCUACUGCCGCCUGUAUUCGCUGAGUGUGGACAACUUCAAUGAGGUGCUGGAGGAGUACCCCAUGAUGCGGCGUGCCUUUGAGACAGUGGCCAUCGACCGCCUGGACCGCAUCGGAAAGAAGAACUCGAUCCUGCUACACAAGGUACAGCACGACCUCAGCUCGGGCGUGUUCAACAACCAGGAGAACGCCAUCAUCCAGGAGAUUGUCAAGUACGACCGCGAGAUGGUGCAGCAGGCAGAGCUGGGCCAGCGCGUCGGCCUCUUCCCGCCGCCUCCGCCGCCGCAGGUCACCUCUGCCAUCGCCACACUGCAGCAGGCAGUGGCCAUGAGCUUCUGCCCACAAGUGGCACGCCCACUUGUGGGGCCCUUGGCCCUCGGCUCACCGCGCCUCUUGCGCCGCGCUCCCCCGGCACCGGUGCCUACCGCAGCUGUCCCUGGAGCCUCACCGGGGCCCGCCCCUGCCGCCAGUCCCCCAGGCGCACCCGCCAGCCCCCGGGCGCUGCGGACCUCACCCUACAGCGGAGCUCCCAGCUCCCCUGCUGCCCCCCGCGCUGGGCCUGUGCUGCCCGCACGCCGCCUGAGCCGCGCGUCACGCCCACUGUCGGCCUCACAGCCCUCCUUGCCCCACGGAGCACCUGGACCCGGACCCGCGACCUCAGUGCGCCCAGCCAGCAGCUCCACGCCAAGGCUAGGGCCAGCACCCACCCCCCGGGCCGCGGGGCCCAGCCCAGACCGCAGGGACUCAGCCUCGCCCAGCGCGGCCAGCGGCCUCCCGCUGGACUCUGCGCGCUCACGCCUCUCAUCCAAUUUGUGACCCUAGCGCACUGCCCUGCGGGCCAGACGGGCCGGGCAGGGCCGUCAUUCAGACCAAAGCCAUGCCAUUCCCGUUGCCCGACCGCCCACCCGCGCAGAAGCCAUAGAGGGACGUAGGUAGGCUAGUCCGACGGGUGGCGGGCAGCACGCGGCCCCUCCAGCCCCGCUGCCCCCUCAUCACCCUGCGCCCACCCCCAUCGCCCCUACCCUGGGUGGUGGCCGCGAGGGGCUCCCUUCACCUCGGUGCCUCAGUUCCCCCAACUGUAAAACGGGGACGGGGCCGGCCGCUGGCCGCAAAGAUGAUGUGGAGCCCCACCGGCCCUGCCCUCCCAGGUGGCCGCGUCUGAGGAGUGUUUUUAAGUGCAAUACUUGGCCUUCAGCUUCCCGCUGCCCCCAUCGCGCUCAUGCAAUAACUGGCCUGCUCCUGUCCAUGUGCAUCUGAGGUGACCUGCGGGAGUGGGCACAGCAGUUCCCACCCCCAGCACCUGGCACCAGGGGCAGGCGUCCUGGCUGCACUGGGCGUGGGGCCAAGGCUGGGGUCCCCGCCGUGCGAUGAAUGUACCGACGAGCCGAGGAGCAGCGCCCACCACGGCCCCCGCGCCCCAUUAACCCCACUCCCCAUUCCGCGCAAUAAACAACAGCAUUGGCGCCCA